AUGGAAUGCAGUGAAAAGCCAAAACAGCUACCCAACGUUGUAGCGUAUAAUCAGAGUUUCAUAUUUUUCUGGGGAUGGGUGUUUCUGAUCACGACAACGCUGGUACUUAUUUUCAAAAAAGAAGUUGAUCAUUCCAUCGUAGAUAAGGAUGAUAUUGAUAGUAAGAAUGAAGAGCUAGAGUUAGGAAUCUUCCAAACUUAUGCUGUCUUGUGGAAAAUUUUGCGAUUGAAACCGGUGUUAUGGAUGGUCAUCGUAUUGCUUACUGGAAAGUUAGCAUUUGCGGCUACUGAUGGCAUAACAGGAUUAAAACUAAUUGGUAUGGGUAUGCCAAAGGAUAAGAUGUCCAGUAUUGCUCUAUUUUUGGUACCUUUGCAGAUGUUGCUGCCUUGGGUAAUUGGCAAAUAUGUGGCGGGCCCGCGACCUCUGAAUAUUUUCCUCCUUGCUUAUCCAUAUAGAAUAUUCUUGGGUGGAAUAUUUGCAGCAAUAAUUUGGUGCACACCUUCAUCGUCCUCGAAGGAUUUUCCAACUUUUCUUUAUGCUAUUUGGAUCAUAGCAUAUUGUUUCCAUCAGGUAGCAUCCUAUAGCAUGUUCGUAUCACUUAUGGCAUUCUUUGCCCAGGUAUCAGAUCCGGCAAUCGGAGGCACGUAUAUGACUUUGCUCAAUACACUUACUAAUUUAGGCAGUAACUGGCCCGUUACACUUAUCCUUUCGCUCACAGACCAUUUCACUUUUAAGAAUUGUGUCGCCAAAGAAACCAAAACUAUUCUUGGUUCAUGCAAUACUGAAAUGUCAGUGAAUCAAUGUACAGCGAAAGGAAAUGUUUGCGAAUUGGCCGUUGAUGGAUAUUACAUUUCCGUUGCACUGUGUUCUGUUGUUGGAAUUAUUUGUUUACCAUUACUAGCAGCAAUUUUUUUUUGUACAGUUGUUUAUGUUCUCACUGAAAGAAGAAGGACGAAGAAAAUGAAUAGAAAUUAUAACGAUCGAUGGGCUGAUAAUGACUAUGAGGAGCUAUCAGAAUCCUGUCGUCUUGGACCGUCUAAAAGCAAUUCCAGUGCAUCCCAAUCCACCGAAAAUGCUUUGGUACAAGAGUCCUCUGAAACUGAAUUCAAGCGACGUUUUGGUUUAACCGAAGUUGAUUCUAGUCUACAUGACGCUAUAGUAAGAGUGAAAUAUGUGCAAAAUGAGCUAAAUAAAAUAACACUUACAAAUAAGACUGCCGAAUUCUGUGAGUUGCUACGAGAUUUCUUGCAGAACAUUGAAGAAAUACGGCUCAAACUCGAAGCUAUGGUAAAUUUUAAAAGUGAAAAACUUUUUUCCUUGCCAACAACAGUUAUACAACUUUAG